GACAUUAUUGGAAGAGAGAUUGAUUGAUCAUUUGUCAUGUGACACGCCUUCGCCUUACAUCACUUGUAAGGGAAAUCCGAUCUACUGCUUCUUCCCUCUCUCUGUCUAAUUUCUGGUUCGGUUGUUAACCUCUCCUUGCUUUACAUCUUUUUGUUUCCUUGAAAGAAGACUCUCUCCCUCUGUGUGUGUGUGAAAGAAGAAGAAGAAGAUGUCAGGUGUGGGACAGCGUUUUAGAGGGCCAUCCUUCCUUCAGGGGGCGUUGGAUAGGUUUUCCUCUCCGGAGUUACGGGACUUCAUUCGCCGAUGGAAGAUAAACUUGGAGGAAGUGGAGUCACUGAAGCGGACGUCAGCGAAGAUUCAUUACUUAUCUGAUGACGCUGAAGUGAAGCAGUUCACCAAUGAUGCUGUCAAACUUUGGCUCAAUCACCUCAAACAAUUCUUCUAUGAUGCCGAAGACAUCCUCGAUGACUAUGCCACUGAAAUUCUACGCCUUAAAUUGGAAUCUAACUCUCAUCACCAAACCCAACAACAGUCUGAUGGUACAGAAUCUGCGGAUAAGGACAUCAAUGAAACUUCAGAAGGCAUUGAUCAGCCUAAGGUUUUUAACAUGGCCGAAGAGCUGCAAGGAAUUAAAAGGUUUGGAUCAAAAGUGAGGGAUAUACACGAGAAGUUAAAAAGUGUAGAACAAAAAGGUGCUGCUCUAGGAUUAAUGAACUCGAGCAUCGGAUCUGGGUCCUCAAGGCCAUUCCGUGAAAGGCCACAGACAAGUUCUUUGGUGAAUAGUACUAAUGUUUUUGGCCGAGACGAAGAUAAGUGGAAGAUUGUUGACUGGUUGUUAUCAGCCCCAAUGACUAUGAUAAUAGUUUCUCGGUGCUGCCCAUCGUGGGCAUGGGUGGACUUGGCAAGACCACCCUUGCUCAACUUGUUUACAACGAUGAGAAAGUUGACAAGUAUUUUCAGCUCAAAGCUUGGGUCUGCAUAUCGGAAGACUUUGAUGUCAUGAGAUUAACUAAAGAAAUUCACGAUUCAGCCACUAAGUCACCAUCCCCUCCUUCUAAUUCAUUGGAUGUGUUACAGGUGAAACUUAAAGAAGUUUUGAGCAACAAAAGAUUCUUAUUGGUUUUGGAUGAUAUGUGGAACGAGGAUUCUGAGAAAUGGGAUGCCUUAAAGACUCCUUUUGCAUUCGGUAAACUAGGAAGCAAGAUAUUGGUCACGACUCGGAGCAAAGGCAUUGCAUCGAUGGUGCGCACUGCAGAGAAUGAUCAUCAUCUAAAAGUUUUGUCAAACGAGGCUUGUUUUGAACUGGUCAGAAGGCACGCUUUUAAAGAAGGAGAUUCAACCAAAGCAAAUCAAAAGAUGAAAGUAUUUGGAGAAGAAAUUGUGAAAAAAUGUAAGAGUUUACCUUUGGCUAUAAAGACACUUGCCAGCCUCUUGAAAGAUAAAAAGGAAAACAGUGAGUGGAAAGAUAUUCUGGAGAAUGAAAUAUGGGAUUUAAAAGAGGGUAAGAUCCUACCGUCACUCAUGUUGAGCUAUCAUCAUCUUCCACCACUUUUGAAGAGAUGCUUUGCAUAUUGUGCUUUGUUUCCCAAAGACUAUGUAUUUGGCAAGAUUGAAUUAGUUAUGUUGUGGAUGGCGGAAGGUAUUGUUCAAUCAAAACCAAAA